UACCGGAUGCGCCAUCUUUCAUGCCGGUAUUGAAACAUCGAAUGACUUUGAUAUUUACCAACCGAGUGAUUUGUUUAUACGUGUUUCUGAAACGUCAGUUUACUACAAUUUUUGUCAUUGAAAAUCGUCGUUCAGUUGUGUUACCGCAACGUGCAUAUCGUCGAAAAUAUCGUGGCAAAAACUGACAACACUAUCCGUCGUUUGGUUUCAAAUUUUCUUGAGUACGGGACAGUGGGAGAUCGUCAACAUCCCGUUCAUGAACUACCAAGACGUUGGAAUGAAUUGGUUGAAAGGGUCAGAGACAGCCUUGCUCAGAACCCAAAA